CGAUCCAUCGCACCCCACCACCGCAGUGUGAUCCCCCGCCUCCUCCUCGUGACCCCCGGCGACGACGACAAGGGAGGCCAGCUCAGUCGCUCGUUUUCUCUCCCCCAAAUCACAGCUUCUGCCAUUACCGGCCAGACCGAGCCGCAGGGCGCGUUCUACUACUCUACUCCUACGAGAGUAGUAGCACCGUAGAAGUAGAAACCCAGCGCCACCCGCCACCAACCUACUCCUAACCGAUAGAUAGAUAGAUAGAUAGGCAGGCGGUGUAUAGGAAACGGGAGCAGCAGUAGCAGUAGUACCACUGCGGCUCCUACCACCACCACCACCGCCACUACCGCCGUGCUGCUGCUACCUGCAGGCAGGUCUCUAUCUACCCAGUCCACCUGCGGCUUUCCCUCCCUCCCUCCCUCCCUCCCAGCGCUUCACUCUCUCUCGCCUCGUCCCUCCCUUUCUCGCCAGGCAGGUGCAGAUCUGCCGCUGUUGAUCCCCAGCUCGGAUCUUGAUGAUUUGGGGGCUCUUCUUCAACUGACUGCUGUCACUUGUCUGGCCUACCUCUGCCUGGAUAUUGGAUUCAGUCAGGUGGUGAUUUCUCCUGUUGCUCAUACACAAGAUAAAUUGAAAAGGUGUGCAUGUUAUGUUAAACCGUCACCAAGAUGGCGACGAAAGGACAGCUUGUUAGAGAAAGGAAUGUGAGGAUCACAUCAAGCCGUGAAGGUCGUCAGAGGGGUAAUUCACAGUCAGAACAAUUACUGCAAGUUCCAAAGCAGAAGGACUCAGCAGCCAGUGGAAACAUUGACGGAAAAUUUGAAGAUAGAAUCAGAGUGGUGAAGAAUGACAAGAUUCGUAGGCAGCGGGAACCUCGAAAUGCAGAAGGGGAUGUGGCCUUGAAGAGCUCAAAACCAUGGCCUGCUCGAAAGGCCACUACUGUUGAUGAACUUGUCAAACAUAUGUCGAAAGUUCCUAACUAUUUACAGCGUAAAGAGACGCCCGACCAUCUUCAGGACAAGGCACUGAAUGUCGGGGUUCUUGAGUGGGGCCUUCUCGCAAGGUGGUCUCACGAACAAAAACAUGACCCCUACAGCAGCCAUGGAGCCUCUCCAUCUGAUACCAGCAGAUCUGUUUUAUUCUCUUCUCCAUCUCAUUCUUCUGCAAGCCCCAGCAGCAAAUCUAUUGAUAGCAAUCAAUCUCCACUGAAUGACCACCAGCGUUGUUUUAUGAAGUCUCAGCAAAGCAGUCCUAUGGACAAACACCAUGAGAAGGCCAAUUCACCUAGCCCGAAUUCUGCAGUGUUGAGCUUGUUGUCAGGGCAUGGGAAGUACCUUCCUGCAGAGAACAAUGGUAACUAUGGUGGCUUAAAUCUCAGCGAGUUUUCUCCCCCCACAGACUCUGUCAUUGCUGCCUCUGGGAGUUGCACGCCGCAUGAUAUGGUUGAUGAUGAAGAUACUACAAGGAAGAUAGAGGAGGCUGCUCAUCACUGUUCACGCAGGCUUUUUACAGAUGAUGAUAACACCGGGAGAAGUUUCUUCACACCCAAUGACGAUGAUUCCAUGUGUGUCGACCCUCUGCAGAGCAAUGACAUCAGUGGUCUAAUACCUAGUGCCAUGAUGGAAACCGAAAGAAAUGGCAGUAGGUCACCGGUUGGUUUCUUGGAGGAUCUUGGCCAAUCCCCUGAAUUUUCUCGUAUUCCAUACUCAUGUCCACUCCCCAUCAUGGAUUCCACUGAAGAGCUUGGCACCAGUAGCUCUGCAACUAGAGAUGCUUUUGUUGGUGCAUCUGUAACAGGAGGUGAAAGCAGUAACCGACACAAAUCUCCUGUUAGUGUCUGCAAGAAACCUCUCCUGGUUAGCGCGAAGUUCACUGAUAUGGAUGUGCUGCCUGACCGUCAUCUUGUUUCUGGGCUGAAUAGAGUGAGCAGAAGCUCUAGCCUGAAGGAAGCACCAUCUCCUCGGCGGACUGAUACCUCUGUCGAUAAGAUUAAUGAGGACAAGCGAUCCAACAGCAGAGGUAGGCGCAGCCCAUUGAGGAGGAUGUUAGAUCCACUAUUAAAGCCUAGGCAACCAUCCACUUCUGUUGCGCCAAUUCAACCUUCAUUUGUUCCAAAGUGUCAUCUGUCGAGCAAUAUUAAUAAGCAAUCUCUUAACUUGGAAGGGUCUGGGUCACAAAAUGUGCAGCGUAGGUCAGUUGAUGCAGUAGUCAAUUCAAAUAACCAUGCUGAAGCAAACAUAAAUCAGCCUCCUCGUGUGCUGUUGAACAGUGAGAGGUACCUCAACCAAGAAAGGGAUUCAACAAGAACAAGGCAAGCGCUUCUGCAGCUAGCAUGGAAAAAUGGCUUACCAUUAUUCAUGCUUUCUUACGGUGAUUCUGAUAUCCUGGCGGCCACUGUGAGAAGGAAGGGCAUCACCGAUAAGGAUGAUCUGGAAAGUGCAUAUACUUUAUUCACCGUUGAAGAACCGAAGAAAAAGAGUGGAGCUUGGAUCACAGCAGGUAACAAGAACAAGAAACAUCAACUGGUAUCCAGUAUUGUUGGGGAAAUGAGGAUCUCACGACGAAAAUCAAGAUGCUGCCAUGGAAAAGAUUUUCAUGUGCACAGGGAAUUUGUGCUGGUUGGUUCUGAACUGCUACCAACACCUGAGGAAUCUGGUGAUUCACACAUUAGCAGAGAAAUUGGGGCUUUUAUCAGCGCAGUUCCUCAAACGGCAGAAACUCCUCAUCAAUCAUCUUCACAGAACUCUAGCCGAGGUAGUUCAGCACCAAUUGGUUGCUCUUGCCCUCCUCUGGGAAACAUCUGGCCUAAUAUGACAAAUUCUAGUUCAGCUCCAGCCAGUGUUAUUGCCAUACUACCUAAUGGCUUCCAUGGUGCAUCAACUUCUGGACAGCCUUUACCUCUGAUGGAGAGGUGGAGAUCCGCAGGAUCCUGUGACUGUGGUGGGUGGGAUGAAGGUUGCACGCUGAGUGUCCUCACCGACAACACUCACGGAAAGCAAGGAUGUAAGUCUAUACAGGUGAACCAAACGCAGGAUGGCAGUCAUCGAUUUGACUUGCUCGCUCAGGGUCGGUCACAGGAAGAUCGGCACGCCUUCAGUAUGGUUUCGUUCAAAGAAGGGUUAUACGCAGUCGAAUUCAGAUCAUCCAUUGCUUUACUUCAGGCCUUCGCUAUGUGUAUAGUGAUGCUUCACGGGAGGAGCCCUGUGAGGGUGCAGACCGAUUUGCAAGCGUCUCAAGACGAGGCAAUCUUUGCCGAUCAUAAGCUGAAGGCUAUGGCAGCAGCCGGCCAAGGUAGAGCUCCGGCCAGCUAUGUGCCGCGCCAGCCACCUCUAUCUCCCGUAGGGCGAGCCUAGCAACAGCAACAAGACUCUCGCGAUAAUUGAAAAUGAUGUGUUUCUUUUCGUUCCUUUUCUCUUGUACUUUGAGCAGUGCUGCUGGGCCAGUAUAUAAUGGUCCUCGUGCGAUUCUCACACAUGGCCAAGUGAUGAAUCUUAUGGAACUGGCUUUAGGCUUAAAGCUAUAGCUAGCUGUACAUGUAAAUGUGACUGCGUGAUGCUGCUGCAAGGCUCAUCUCGGUGCUUAUUUACCCCUUUCAUAUGCUCUCCUCUGUGUGACUGCUAAAACUGUAUGCUUAUUUUUCUUUAGAGAAGUGUUCAAUGCAGUUUCAUCUUAGUUCAGUCA